AGUAAAGAAUCGAUCGGCGCAAAUCCUUUGACGAAGCGUGCGCAAACGAUGAGUUAUGCGAACUGUUGCCCCCUUGAUGCUCAGUUGCAUCGGCGACUUCGGUGAGAGAGUACAAUGACAGAGACGCUCGUUGCAGCUAAGAAAAAAUAUGGCAAUCUCGGUGAAUACAGCGUACAGUUAAGCCGAUGGUAUUUGAAACCAAUGGGCGCUUGGCCCGAUCCAGUUACCACGAGACGUGAAAAGAUCUUAGCGCGAAUCUCAAUCGUUGUCUGCUGGUGUAUCAUACUGUUCACCGUGAUCCCUGCUAUUCUUCACAUCGUUCUCGUAAACGAAGAUAUCUAUCUGAAGCUGAAGACGCUUGGUCCUUUGUCCCACUGGUGCGUCGAUGGAUUCAAUUACCUUGUGUUAUUGUUACGUCAGGACGACAUCAGUUAUUGCAUAGAACGCGUACGAUCCGACUGGAAGACGAUAACGAGAACGCAGGAUCAAGAAGAAAUGUGGAAGAGCGCGAAACUUGGUCGCAGCAUCGCGGGCUUUUGCGCCGGUUUCAUGCAAGGUACAAUAUUCUGCACAUGCUUCGUGCUGGGGGCGUUUAAACGGACCGUCGAGGUCGGCAACAAAACCAUGGAUAUAUAUACUUUACCUUGUCCGGCGUACAAAUUCCCAGUGCAGACAAAUCCGACGCACGACGUGAUUCUUGGUACACAAUUUCUGUCGGCACUGGUAGUGAGUUCGAGUGCCGCAGGUUCCUUUACUCUUGCUACCAUAUUCGCAAGCCACGCUCUUGGCCAGUUGACUAUAAUGGUGACGUGGGUGAACGAGUUCACAAAGCGGUCCGGAGAAAAGAUGAAGAAGGCUCAGACUAACGAAAUAGGUACAAUCGUUGAACAUCAUUUGAGAGUUCUAAGUUUGAUAGCGCGCAUCGAACGUAUAAUGAGUCCAAUAUGCUUCAUGGAAACGUUCAAAUGUAUGCUGGGUAUGUGCAUGCCUAGCUAUUACAUCCUUGCGGAAUGGUCUGAACGCAAUAUCCAAGCCAUGAUCAUAUAUGUGAUGGUAUUUUUAUCCAUGACUUUUAACAUUUUCUUAGUAUGUUACAUCGGCGAAGUACUCAAAGAACAGUGUCAAAAAGUCGGUGACAUGGUGUACUUGACGAACUGGUACCACUUGCCUGACAAAGAAAUUCUUAAUAUGCUUAUGAUCAUUUCACGAUGUAACGUGGAGGUUAAAAUAACAGCUGGGAAGAUAAUUACCAUGUCUGUGUAUACUUUCGGCAGCAUAGUAAGAACUGUUUUCGCGUAUUUGAAUAUGCUUCGUCAAAUGACGAUGAUGUAGACCACGUGAUAGUUUUGUCACUGGGUCUGGAAGCCCUUGGGCAUCUACGCGUUCAUCUACAACCGUCCGAACAAAUUCGAGAA